CGGGGGCUACUAAACACUGGAGCGAGUAUAGCUCGAGUGUUUCAAACUCUUGAAAGGAAUACAACUAAUAGUGAUGUGAAAAUUUGAGUUUUUAACUCGCUAUUCCAUCCCAGACGCGUAUAGUUGGUAAAAAUGUGUCUGUGCUCCGCGAAAUAAAAGAUGAUAUGCCCACGUGAUCGGUGUUAUAACUUCAAGGGAAACAUCACGUGGUCACCUGUCAACAAUGUCAGUUAUCCUAUCAAACCGAAUUCGCCUAGUGACAACCAUAAUCAUCUCGAACAAAAAAAACUAAAAUUCUCAUCCCACCACAUUCCCAACUCCAUCCCACUCCAACACCAAAUUACAGUUGAUGUAUAGAAUUGUUUGUGUCAUUUUUGCAUCAUGUAACCAGUAUGUUAAAAAUAAUACAAUUUUCACCAUUUUCAAAGAGAAGAGUGGUGAUAAUUGAUCGUCAGUGGCUAAGACUGUUCGUAAACUAAUGGAAAUUGUGAAUAAAAUGCCGCUAUUGCGGCAUAUUGACCAGUGAACUAUGAAAAAUAAUAGGAGUGUUUUUCCAAAAUGGUGGGUGUUUGUUUUUGGGUCUUCUAUGGGCUUUUAUUAGUAAGUCCUUUAACCCUAGCAAAAAAUAAGUGUCCUAAAGCAUGCCGUUGCUUGGACACUUAUAUUGACUGUGACUCUAAAGGCCUUAAAUCUGUCCCAAAGAACAUACCAGAAUUUGCAGUUCAUUUGGAAAUAAACCGGAAUAAACUAACAGAAAUAGAAGCACUAACCUUUAAGGAAUUGCAGCAUUUGAGAAUCCUAAAAUUAAAGAGGAAUGAAAUUGACACUCUCAGGGAUGGGGCUUUCUAUGGUUUGACAGAUAUUGAAAAACUAAUACUGGAUAAUAACUUCAUAACAGUUACUACAAAAGGAUGGUUAUAUGGCUUAGAAAAUUUGAAAGAACUCUCGUUGAGCCAUAACAGGAUAAAUCAAAUACACGAUGAUUCUUGGGAAUUUUGCCUUGCCUUGACUGAGUUAGAUCUCUCUUAUAACAAACUGGACUCUAUCAAAGAGGACACCUUCAAGAACCUACAUAAUUUACAAAGAUUAUUUUUAAGUAAUAAUAAUAUAGCUAUUAUAAAAGAUAAGGCAUUUAUGCAUCUACCAAAGUUGAAAAUUUUACAUUUCAAUCAUAAUAAAAUAUCUUGGACGAUUGAAGAUGCCAAAGGUGUAUUUCAAGAACUUGUUGAUCUGGUGAAAUUCCAUCUUGUAGGAAAUAACAUCAAAUCUAUCAAUUCUGAUGCUUUCUUGGGACUAAGAAAUGUCACACAUAUAAAUUUGGCUGAAAAUAACAUAACUUCCAUUCAAAAUAAUACUUUCAGCAAAGUUCCAGCAUUGAAGCAAUUGAUUAUCAGCUCAAACAGUAUGCUAUGUGACUGCAAUUUAGAAUGGUUCCUGGAAUGGCUUAGUACAAAACAAAUGGAAUUACAUGCAAAAUGUGCUUAUCCACAAUGGCUUCAGGGUCAGCCUUUAUCUAAUAUAAGCAUUAGUAACUUGACAUGUGAUGAAGUUCCAAAACCCAGACUGAUUGAAGAACCAGAUGCAGAAAUAAUGGCACUAAAAGGUGAAAAUGUCACUUUAAAUUGCAAAGCCGUAUCAAGUUCGAGCAGUAACAUGACAUUUGUUUGGAAAAAAGAUAACAUAGAGCUUCUUAACUCAAAUGUAGUUAUCAAAUCCAGUGUAGAUCAAGAUGGUCGAUCUGUAGAGUCAGUUUCUGAUUUAAAAUUAAUGGCUGUAGAACAUUCACAUGCUGGAAAAUACCAGUGCGUUGUGAGUAACAGUUAUGGAACAACUUAUUCCCAGAAAGCUACUAUUUCUGUACUCGUUUUUCCCACAUUCAUAAAAAAGCCAAAAAAUGUUGAAGUAGAAGCAGGACAAACUGUCAAAUUAGAAUGUGCAGCUACAGGUGAACCUCCGCCUGAAGUAGCGUGGCACAAAGAUGGAGGAAAUGACUUUCCAGCCGCUAGGGAAAGACGUAUGCAUGUUUUACAUGGAGAUGAUGUAUUUUUUAUUGUGAAUGCACGACUGAGUGAUGCGGGCGUCUACAGUUGUACUGCCCAUAACGCUGCUGGAACAGCGUCAGCUGACGCGCAUUUACAGGUAUUACAAAGGCCCCAGCUUGCUAAUGGUCCAGAGGAUCGGGAAUUGGCUGCUGGAGAACCUAUAGUGCUGCAGUGUAUGGCUCAAGGUGUACCCAAGCCAACAGUGACUUGGUUUAAGGAUGGAGAUGCAAUUGUACCAACUGAACGACACUUCUUUAUAGCUGAAAAUCAGCUAGUAAUUAUUGUGGACUCCGUGCACAAUGACACUGGAAUAUACGAAUGCCACUUGAAUAAUUCUCAAGGAGAAGAAAUUGGUAGGAGCAGGAUUGUUGUGCAGCCAAGUGUUCUUGAUACAGGCAAUAUGCUAGGAAUCAUCAUAAUCACUGUGGCAUGUUGUGCGGUAUUCACGUCAGGCGUAUGGGUAGCCAUUAUUUAUCAAACUCGAAAGUCCGCUGCCGUAAAAGAAUCGCCUCCCUUCCCAGGCACUGAACUGACAGAAAUUCCUACAGACUGCGCUUCGCAGAGAUCUUCUUGCAAAGAUAGCGGAACGGGGGACUCGGCUAGAAGAUCCAGCGACGAUUUAGCAGAAUUCUCUGUCCUGCUUCACUGUCCCAGAUCAAACCAUGAUCGGGUUAAUCAAGGCGAAACAGUGGAACCCGGCGACUAAAAAUGCUAUACUGCAACUCUUGACUGUUUCUGGUAGGCUUUAACUUUUUCUUAAAGUUUAGUUAGUUUUUAGCAAAGGGUGAUGCAAUAAGGAUUUUUUUCCAAUUAAUCAAAACCUUCAGGGGCAGCUGUGGUUUUUUGGAUAUUUGAAUUAUACUUUUAUUGAUUGAUAACUAACCAAAUACAUUUAUUUGUUUUAAGGUAUUGUAUGCGAAAGAAAAGCUUUAAUUAAUAAUAUUUUCCUAUUGUGUCACUCUUUUUUUUAUUUAUGUAUUUAUUUAGUCAUCGUUUCCGGUUGAAACUUGCCAAAUGAAAGCUGGUAUGUUUAAUUGGCUUUCCUAUUUUCUUAAAAGGCUUCUACAAUAUUUUGCAAGAAGGUUGACUUUUUAAAAUUUAAAUCAAAUCUAUUUUUAUCCAUGGCACUGCAGACUAUGCAAGAAUGCAUAAUAUUCAAGUACAUACAUUGUGCUUAUAAAAAUAAAAAUCAAAACAUUAUUGCCUUUCCGCACUAUACCGAUUUGGUUUGCUGUUCACAUUAUCAGCAGUUACCAAAAUUGAGCAGCACUGAUAUGACCUCAAACCUUAAUUUAUUAAAUUGACCUAAUUAAGAGCCUAAUAUUUCUCCUUCUGGGUUUUUUUUUAUUAGAGUUUGAUUGAUUAUGGGGAUUUUUUGCAUUCAAUCAUGGACUUCACUGGCUGGUAAAAUGUCUCAAAUUGCUGAAAGAUUGAAAUUAUUGGAUAUUUAUGUGUAUAUCGGAGAGUUUCAAUGCAACUUAUAAGAAUCUUCUUUGUAGAAUGACAAAUAUUCCUAAAAAAAUAAGAACAAAUAAAUAUUUUCAAUACCUAAGAGCUGAAAACUUGGUGCCAUGUGUUCCUAACAAAGUCAAUUUGCAUUUGAUCAUAAAAUUCCACCUAAAACAUCCAAUAUCCUACAAUCUCUACCACCCCGACAGUGUUUCAAAUAUUUUCUUCUAUGCCUGAGUGAAAAAACUAACAGAAACCACUCCGCUUAGAAAAAAAGUUAGAAGCUUUAUUCUGAAAAUCACUUAAUUCUUUAAUUGGAGACCUAUGUUUAUUAAUUUUUGUCUCAAAAUAUUCUCUCUUUUAUUCACUCAAGUCUUGACAUCAUCAUUUCAUUUUCUUUUGUAUUCGUCUCUAUUAUGGUCAUUUGUUUUUCGGUUCCAUCCUUUGUAAUUAUGUUUCAUCCGUUUGUUUUCUAAAAAAAAUCCGCAAUUAUUAUGGCUUUUGGCCAAAGUUAUACUAUUCAAUUUUCCCUUGUAUAGGUAUAUAACUCACCUUGCAAACAUGGUCAAGGACAUUUAAGAUUUCUGUGGUCAAUAAAAUACACCUUCACAUUAUUGUUUUAAUUUUAUGGUCAUUCGAGUAUGAAUGCUUAGUGUAAAAUGAAGAUAUUGAGUUUAUUAACCUUUUCUUGUGUGUGCCUGUAUGCUGCUGCUGCCAAUCAAACAGGCAUGUAUUACAUAAUAUUCUAUUUUUCUCUAAUAAUAUGUUAAUUUUCAAUACAAUAAAACUUCCACACAAGAUUAAACUAGCAAUAAUCAAGAGAAUGCGCCAAAAUACAAUACAAAUUGCUAAAAAAGUAACAUUUUAUAUUACUGCAAUAUUAUUAUUUCAUAAACAGCACGUGGUAAAACUUAUGGAGCUGCCAUAUACGGUAGAUUUAGAAAAUGGCUUUUUGAUGAGUUUAUAAAAUGUUUGUCUAGUAGAUAGCGACAAUACAUUAAUGAGUCGCAGUCUAGGGCCGUAAUAGGCCCACCCGUUGUUGAUCUACCCCCUAACCUUUAGUAAAUUACAGGAAAAUAUUAACAGUUGUCCAGAAGUGUUAACAAUAAAAAUAAAAUAAAUAAAUACAUUUUGAUGCGAACAUUUCCAAUGUUUUUGCCAAAAUGACCAUAAAAAAAAAUAAUGCAGAAUUUCAAGGGUUGUUCAUGCCAAUUCUCGUGCCAAUUGUUCUGUUUUUUUUUUUUUGUUUUUUCUGUAGUAUGCAAUAAACCGUUCUGGUGACCGUCGCUCUGGAUUUCGCAGCAACUCCAGAUCUCGCAGCCGUUCCAGGUCUCGCAGAUCCAGAUCAGCAUCCAAGAAGAGCAGACCUCGGUCCAGGUCUAGUCCUCGUUCCCAAGGCGGUUCCGCACCCAAAGAAAACGGAAAGGGAAACAGUAAUGGAAAAGAAUAGUUUAUCAUGGUGUGAGAAAAUAUUCAAAGGCCAAAGCAAUCAGCACUAUGUUUGAAUCAAUUGAAAAAAACACACAAAACUUUGCAUAAAAUUGCUAUAUCAUACCCAUUACACAUGCGAUAGAAGUGUGGAUGCUUACAGGCUGAGACACGCGUGUUAUGUCAUGUCAGCGUUCAGAGGCAGCUAUAUCCUACCGGUCCAUAGAAAUACAUGUAAAAUUGAUGACCAAAAUUUCAUUACGGCACGCGCCAGCUUUUGACGUGACCAUAUCGUGUCGAAUGUAAUGUGUGUUCCCGACUUCGCAGUUUUCAUACCUACACACCUACAAUAUUGUGUUCCGAAUUUCUAAAAAAAGAAAGAAAUUUAAGCUUCAAUAACGGAUCCACCUCCGCAAAAACUGGAAAAGAAUAUUGCAUACCACAAAAAAUAACAGGGCAUUCGCCAUGAAUCUUGCAAAUCUACAUUUUUUUUUUAUUGCCCAUUUCAGCAAACAAAUUGAAAAUGUUGACACCAAAAUGUAUUUAUUCAUUUAUGUUAUUUUAAUUAUUGUCAUUCAGUGGAUAGAGCAGUGGAAAUAUAGUGUAACUUAACAUAUUAACAUUAGAUAAAAAUGCAAGAUGAAUAAAUGUCUGUUUGAUUAACACCAGCAACACACAAGAUACAAGUACACGAAGAAUUGUUGUGCAAUUUAGUUCCUACACCUAGUAAAUUAUGUGAAUGAUUGUUUCAAACGUUUUAAGAACAAGUCAAAAUAAAAUCUUAUAAACUCUAAAUUACAGUACUUGAUUGCUUUGGUCCUCAUUCUCUUGCUUCAACUCUUCUUGUCUUUUACUGUUUACCUUUUCGUUUUCUUUGGGUACGGAACAGCCUCAGGAACGAGAACGAGACCUGGUGCGCCUCUUCUCUCUAUUAUUCCGAGAGAACGAGGUCUGCUCUUCCUGGAUGCUUAUCUGGAUCUGCGAGACCUAGAACGGCUGCGAGAUCAAUCUAGGCAGUGAAUAUAAAACACAAAAAAAUACCUGUAUUUCAUACUAAUAAUCUCACCUUAUUGGAGUUUUCACUUCUGUCAUGUGAUCUUAAGCCCGCACCAUUUUUUUUUGGUGGUUGAUUUAAUAAUGUUAGGUUGCCUUUUCCUCAGAAUACUGAAAGUGUGAAACAUUUGUAUUACAUUAUGUGUCAGUGAAGUGCCUGUUGAAUUCAAAAAAUCUGAUCUUUACAUCCGAGUUGCAACAAACAUUUUAAUAAAUAUGUGUGUCCGAUAUACGCUAAUUAAUUCACAUUUUUUAAAAAGACAUUCAAAAACUUCUGCAUGUGUGCAAAUUAUAUUGUAAAAGCCUUUUUCCAUACUUUAUAUGUAUAUAUAUUUUUAGUACAACGGUCGAAAUUUGAUCGUGGCGCCAUCUAAGACAAAACUUCAACACCAAGCAGCAAUUUUUGCUGCAAUAUAGUGACUGAGUAUCUAAUUGGCCGACCAAUGGCGCCACGAUCAAAUUUCGACCGUUGUACUAUGUAUAUAUUGCCUACAGGCACGAAAAUUUGUUUGGUUUUCUUUGCUUUUCCUAGCCAUACUGAUGAGACCUGAUAGGUCGAAACGCGUCUAUGGACGGAAAAGCAAAGACAUAGAAAAUCAAACCAAAUAUUUUAUAUAUUUUUAAAUAUAUAGUGAUUGUCUGGAUGACCUAGAAAAGCCUUUGUGACAAAAAGUAUAUUUAUUGAAAUAAGAUUGUCAGUAACAUAAUGUAUUCCCUAUUUGUAAAAAAAAAGAGCAGCUACGAUUUUAUUUUUUAUAUUAGCCAGAUUUAAUUGAAAUGCUGUUAAAUUCCUAUUAGUAAACAGAAAAAGUUAAUACGCACGAGACUGUAGCUCUGUUUACUUGACAAUCUAUUCUUAAUUCGAGCUCAAAUCCAAUUGUUACUUGGACCGUAUUUUGAAAUCUGGGCAUGCUUUUCAAAUGUUUAAAUAUGAAUCAGAAAUAAGUCGAAGCCAAUUAGAUACCCUAAAAAUAAAUAGUGAUUUGCUUUUCAAGUACCUAUCUGAUUAGUGCUGACAGUUUUUGUUUUUUUUUUUUUUUUCACGUUGAUACAUACCUGAGAGCUGGGCAGUAAAUUGAGUAACCAAUGUAACCAUUACAGAAAAUGACCCUUGGUGUACCGAAAUUUUUAAAAGUGCGGUUUGUGUUUGUAAGGUCUCUAAGCGUACUCAUAUUUGUAUAAUUUUUGGCAUACAGAUCAUAAAAAUACUCAUAAGUUAACUAGUACAGUGGUCUGCCCAGCUCUGUAUCAAACUAGGCGGCUCUUGUAUAUAAACGUUUUUAAAUUCUUGGUUCCUGUGUUAAGUUUUGACCUAUUAGAGGAAGCAUUAUACUUUUAAGUUUUGUAUCUUGUGAUAUUAUUUAAAGAGGUAUUAUCUUUUUUGUUUUUAUUUGUCUUUUGUCCUUUCUGUAGAUUAGUAGAAGGGACUCUUUGUUCCUUAGAGAUUCUCUUUAUUUUAAAUGUAGACUAUAUUUUUAUAUUGUUAGUGAGCGGAUUUGCAUAAAUUGUUUUAUUAUUUGAGUUUUUAGUGUUUAUUUGUCUGAAACAAUGAAUCGGUUGAAAUUUAAAUGAAAAAUCUAAUAAUUAGUCUACAUUAAAUUUAUAGCUACUUAUUGGACCAGUUUUUAUUAUUUAACUGAUAAGUAUUAUUUUUUAUUUAUGUAUGUUAAGCAGAUGUAAAAUAGUGUCUUAAAGCAUACAUUGAUUUUAAACAAUCUGAAAGUUGAUUGGAUUGAAAUUGUAUAAUGCUACCUGACAUUUUUAAAUUUCAUAUUCUGCAGUUUCGGCUUCUGUAAAGAUUUUUCAACUUCUAAUUUCUGUGGAGUUACAGGAGAAAGUUGGGUAGCUUUCGAUAUACUAGCGUCUAAUUCUAAGAACAAAGCUCUUGAUUUUUUUGCUUAUCUUGCUUGAAGUUGAGAAGUUCUUCAAAUUCUUUGCCUUGAUAAUAUUCAUCAAAUAGACUAUCCUUUUUAUCUGAAGUUUCUCAUAAAAAAAACUCAAGGUGAUCGAUUCUAAAAGUUAACUGUGAUGAGCAUUUUUUAAUGCAAUUAGAUUUUUCCUAUAUAUUCAUUGCCCCUAAUUUUUACCUGGUGAACAUCUCCAUUGAGCAUUUAAGCAAAAUUAUCAGAGAUAAGACGCAAAAAAUGUCAGUUAGUAUUAUAAAUCCACCCCAAACAGACAGACAUUUAUUAUUGAUAUUGUAUGUUCUAGACAAAAACUCUUGGUAGCCCGAACACCGUACAACUAUAUUUUUAAUUCCUUUAAUUUAGGUAACUUAUCUAACUAGUUCUGCUUGAAUGUGUUCUAUUUAUUUUUGAAAAAACAGUACGCAUGUGAAUGUGGUUUGAAUAUAUUUUAGCCAGUAAGUACUAGGGUUCUAAAUCAACAAAAAAAUGACAGUACCUUUACAUGCCCUUAAAAGAGAUUUCUGAGAGGAAAUCGAUUUUCUCUUAUUCUUCUCUAAAAUGCCAUUUACAAUUUUAUUUUAUUUUCACAAAUUUCACAUACACUCCUUUAUAGUAUUAUCAUUGUGAUGACCCUAUAUUUUUGUCUCAAAUAAACAACUUUACUCAA